AAGAGGGAUGCAACUUAGAAGAGCUACAUAUGCUUGAAAAUCUCAGUUACCUUUCUAUAAGAAACUUGGAGAAAUCAAGCAUCAAAAGUUCUUCAGUACUGUCAAGCAAGACUCAGCUCAGAGAAUUAUGGCUUUAUUGCACACCUAAUUACACUGAUGGGCAUAUUCAACAGCAAGAGAUGGACAAGAUCGUGCAAGUCUUUAAUGACCUAUGCCCCCCGCCAUGCCUUGAAAAGCUAGGGAUUCGAGACUUUUUUGGUGGUCGAUAUCCAAACUGGAUGUCGUCAUCCACUUCCAUUAACACUGCUCUUCAAGAGUUGAUUUAUUUGCAUUUAAUUAAUUGCUCAAAUUGCCCUCAUCUUCCCCAGCUUGGCCAACUUCCACAGCUCAAGUAUUUGAAGAUAGAUGGAGCAACUGCAGUUGUAUCAAUUGGCCCUGAAUUUCUCGGUAAUUAUAAUGGAGAACCUACAGAAAUUGCCUUCCCUAAGCUUGAAAUCCUCAUAUUAGAGAACAUGAGUAAUUGGGAGGAAUGGUCAUUGAUCCUCAGUGGAGAAGAAGAAGAAGAAGAAGACAACGAGCCUGAAUCUAGCAAGCCAUUAAUGUUCUUCCCCAGCUGAAAGCUCUUCCAAGUGGCUUAAAUCGGGUUAACAU